UUUAAGUGUACAAACUUAUUAACUUGUUGGUUAACAUAAAAAGAAUUAAUGAAAAAAUAUAUUAAAAUAAUAGUUAUAUAAAAAUUGUUGUCGCCCACCCCAUAUAGUAUAUAGCCCAUAUUUCAAAAUGAUAACCGACCGCAGAACCCUUUUGGUUCGCGUAAUACAUGUACUACAGUCCCCAGUGGGAAAAUUCUGCUCCCAAUAAGUUUAGUUAUCAUACCAUUAUGAUAUUAGCUUUGAAGCAGGGGCACAACUAUUGCCUUAGUAUAUUAAAAAAUAAUUAUGGAUAAUUCAAAUUUUCUCCCCCACUGUCUUUCACAAACCGAAAUAAUUUUAUGCCGAUAGGAAUGGCGUUGAGAAUAAGGUUACAUCCCUUUUGGUGGCUUAUGGGAUCGACAUCCGGUCUUUGUGUUAACCAUUGCUACACAGCUAUUACGCUGUUUCACAUGUUCAGUAAAGUAUAACAGUUUCCCAAAUAAUAUCAGAAUCUAGCAGAGAAUGCCUAAAAAUAAAGGUCAGUAUAUGAUAUAAUAAAUCUAUGUGAACCGAGGCUCAUUAUAAUGUUAUAUGACUAAGAGGGGUACUCAUUUGAUUGUCCAUCGUGUUGUCUGUUCCGUCCAGUGUCAGUGUUUACUAUGUAAAUGAUUAAAUGUUACACUACCACUGGAUUACCGCCUAUGCCCCACACACCAAUGUCGUCAGUCUGUCAACGUGACAUACGAUACGAAAAGUUUGACGAAUUAUUAUAUGAGUAUCAACAGGGCAGUUACAACUUUCCAGAAUAUUUCAGAGUUCAUAUUUUAUUUAUGAUAAAUAAUUAAUUAGGGCAUUUAAAAAAAAAUAAAAUGUAACAGUUGUUGCAGGGCAGAAGGCAGUCACAGGGUCAUGUCAUAAAUAAACUCAGAAAUGUCCAGCCCUUAUUUUAUAGUACUUCAUACUCAUCAAUGAUGAGAUAUGAUAUUUUCAGCAAUACCUAUGCCAUGAGAGACUGACAUUAUGCUUAUGCCAUCAUAGUAAUAGCCCUAAUCUUCUCAGACUCCAGCUACUCUGGCUCUGGUAUCAUUGUCACUAGCCAGUUUCAGUUAGUAUUUUUCAACUUUACUUAGUGCCGAUUUCUGCUUCCUUUUCUUUUACUAGGUAAGGGAGGUAAAAACCGAAGAAGGGGUAAGAAUGAAAACGAAAAUGAGAAGAGAGAGUUGAUCUUUAAGGAAGAGGGACAGGAAUAUGCCCAAGUUACUAAGAUGUUGGGUAAUGGAAGACUGGAGGCAAUGUGCUUUGAUGGAAUCAAGCGAUUGUGUCACAUCAGAGGAAAACUGAGAAAGAAGGUAAGAUACAAAUUUUGACACUUCUUCAAGAGUUUUAAUAAUUAAAUACUUAAAUGAAAUUAGUGGGCUUAGUCUUAGUGGCUUUUGUUUAGUGAAAUGGUAUCCAAAAGUUAACAUAAAUAAAUUAUAAUUAAAUUUAAAAUAUUUUGAUUAAUGUUUUGGAGAUCACUAUUGAAAUCAGGUGUGGAUCAAUGGUGGAGACAUUAUUUUGCUUGGACUUAGAGACUACCAAGAUACCAAAGCUGAUGUGAUCCUAAAAUAUACAGCUGAUGAGGCUCGUAACUUGAAAGCAUAUGGUGAAUUGCCGGACUCAGGUAUGACAAAAAAACUAUAUACAUUUGUCUUGCUGAUUAGUGUUCAGUUUAAUUGUUUUACCAUUUUAACAUUUGUUUAAGCUAACAAAUUAUGCUGUGAAUUAAAUAUUUUUGUGUUGUGUCCUGAAAUAAUUAUUCAACAGCAUAUACUUUCCUGAACUUUGAUGUUAAUUAUAUAUAUUUUUUUAUUUUACAUAAUUAGAUAACUCAAUAUUUCUCCUAUUUUUGCAGCCAAAAUCAAUGAGAACGCCUUUGAAGAUGAGAUUGAUGAGAACAUCACCUUUGAUGGAUUUGAUGAUGAUGAUGAAGAUGAUGACAUUGAUGAUGUAAGUUUUUCCAUCAUAAGUUAUUGAUUUCCACCCUUGGUUAAAGGUAGUGCAGUUUUCUGCAGAAACUGAAAAGAAUCUCUGUCUAGUAACAUUUUAAAAUGUUUGUAUGAAAACAGGGUAUUUAUCCUUUGACUAUGCUUUAAGCAACCACAGGGGGCGAUUAACUACAUUAUUUCAUGUACAAAAUUAAUUAGGUCUUAUAAUAAGAAAUCAAAUUGCAGUGGUCCCAACCUUUGUAGAAUUUUUUAUUUGUUAUUAAAAUUAAGUACGUUUAAGAGUAUGAAGUGUUUUAGAGCAGUGGUCCCCAAACCCCGGGCCGCGGACCGGAACCGGUCCGUGGAUCAAAUGGUACCGGGCCGCCAAAGAAACAUUAAUUUAUUUCCAUUUUAUUUACUGUUGUGUAUUUCUCUUGGGAUUGUUGGCCUGUUGCACUGAGAGCAUCAUAUUUGAUGGCUAACCAUAUUGGUAAUGCUAAAAAGCCAUUCACUAUUGGUGAAGAAUUGAUCUUGACCUCCACUAAAGACAUUUGACGUGAACUUCUAGGAGAGGGUGCUUUUAAAAAGAUAGCAUAUGUGCCUUUGUCGCCUAGCACUGUGACUAGUGCGCAUUGAGGAAAUAGCCGAUGACAUUAAGACACAAUUGUUGGAGAUGUUUAAUACAUCACCGUGGUACACACUCCAGGUUGUGGAAUCUACAGAUCUCGACAACAAGGCAAUACUACUUGUUUAUGUGCGAUAUCUUUAUCACGAGGAUGUGCAUUAGGAUUUUUUAUGUGAACUAUCUUUGCCAACCAACACUCCAGGAGCAGAACUGUACAAGUCACUGGAUGGUUAUAUAUCAGGACAGCUAAAACGGUCCUUUUGUGUCGGCAUAUGCACAGACGGAGUUGCUGCAUGCCCGGACGACUGUUUGGUGUAACGGCUUGGAUUAAGGAGAUUGCACCUGAGAGUGAAUGUACGCAUUGCAUCAUUCACAGCGAAAUACUGGCAAGCCGCAAAAUGUCACCGGAAUAUAACAGCGUAUUGAUUGAUGUCGUUAAAGUUAUUAACCACAUCAAAGCACACGCCCUUAACUCACACCUCUUUGAGCAGCUUUGUGAGGAGAUGGACGCAGAGCACAGAUGCCUUCUCUUGUACACAGAAAUAAGAUGGCUAUCCAGGGUUGAGAAACUGUAUUCCAACUUUACUUACACGGCGUGUGCUUAGGGCGCCAUCAAGUAUCUUCGAAAGUAGGAAAAAAGCAUUUCAUUUAGGCCUCAUGGAAGAAAAAAGAAAUUGCAAUAAAAAAGACGUCCUGAUCUAAAGGCUAAGAAAAAAUGUCAUCAGUCAGUAGGCUAAUUGUUCAUACUGUUCAAAUACAAGUUAAAAAAUCAAUUUUAAUGUUCAGUGUUUGUUUUGAUAAAAACAUAGGUAAUAAACUCAUUGCAGAAUAACUAGUUUUUCCGUUAAUAAUUAUAUUUAAAGGGGUACGCCAAAACUAAGCAUGCACAGGGCACCAGCAACCGUCUGGCUGGCCUCAGGCUGAGGAUUCAUUCUCCCAGUUGGUUGCACGAUCACCUGUCUUUGGUCGGGAUGGCUUCAGGCUGAGCAUUCAUUCUCCCAGUUGGUUGCACGAUCACCUGUCUUUGGUGUUAAAAACUUCGAGCGCUACUUCCCAACCGCAAAAGACCUACGAACUGGUAAAGAAUGGAUCCAUGACCCUUUUGUCAACAAACCAGGCGAAUCUAGCAUGUCUGUGCAAGAAGAAAAUCAACUGCUGGAGGUUGCAAAUGACGGCGACCUUAAAACUACGUUCGAGACAACAACUCUGUCAAUGUUCUGAAUUGAAGUCAUGGCGGAAUACCCUGAGAUUGCCACUAUAGCACUUAAAUCCCUAUUGCCAAUUCCGACAUCCUAUCUGUGUGAUGCGGGAUUUUCUGCAGUGACAGUAACCAAAACAAAACAACGGAAUAAACUGGACAUAAGCAAAACACUUCGGGUUUCAUUGUCUCCUACUACCCUCCAGAUAAAACAGUCUCGUUGAAGAAAAACAAACUCAGGGUUCUCAUUGAUUUAGCGUUCUAGUAAAUUAAAAUGAUCAAUCACCUUAUAUUCAUUUUUUUUGUGUAAUUGUAUUUUGAAGGCGUGUUUAAUUACACGUUUAAAUAAAUGUUUAAAAUUAUAAAUUCAAAAUAAUCUAAAACAUAAACAAUCAACUCCCCCCCCCCCUGGGUAGCACUAAAAUUAUCAAACUUUGACCGGUCCGCGGCGUUAAAAAGUUUGGGGACCACUGUUUUAGAGCAUAAUAAGUAUUUUUAAGAGUGCUGGAAAGGUUAAUAACAGUAGAGUGUGGGGAGGGUUUAUAAAGCCUCAAAAUAUAUAUAAUAUUAAAUAUAUGGUCAGUACUUCACGCACCUUCGUCUGUAUAUUGUAUUUGAAAUAAUAAACCAAUUUAUUUAGCUAAAAUAAUUUUGCAUUGAUUAAAUUAAAACACUUUCUUAGCAAUAAUAAUUUGUGUAAUCUCAAACUUAAAAAAAAACCCCCAAAACAAUUGCUUUUUUUUCUCCAGAUCUAGCAUCUUUGAAGGAUCACUUCUAGAUAGUCACUGUAUUCUUUUGUCAUUACUUCAACACUAAGGAGCACACUUUCUGACAAGAAAUCAGCAGUACAGACAUUUAAUGUGUAUUCUCCUGAUCAACUGUUUCUUACUAUUAUAUUGUUUCUUUAAUUGGAACAAUUUUUUAACAACUGUUCGCUAUAUUUUCUUGCAAUUAAGUUAUUUAGUCAAAAGAGAUAUUUAAAAGAUGUCCUGACAAGAAUAUUUUUAAAAGACUGUUUCAGAUAAAGUAAACUGAUAUUCCAGAUUUACAAACAGAAAAAAAAAAAUGUGUUUUUAAGAUUUUUAAUUUAAUUAAUAUAUUGCACCAAAUCACUUAAAGUUAUGGAUUUUGACAACUGAGUCCAUAUUUUUAAAAUUGUAAUACCCUCUGCCAAUUAUAUAACUAGACCAAUCUCUCUAUGCUACAAUUUUGGUUUUUAAGCUUUUUAGGAAACAUUUUUAUCAUCUGAUAUAUUUUUUAAUUAUUUAGACAUCACAUUUAAAAAGUCUUUCCUGAUAUCUGAUAUGCCAUAGCAUUAAAUAAAGGAGAUGUUUAGUUCCAGAAUUUUGGUCUCUCUAGUAAGUGAGCAUUUUUUUUUUACCUUGUCAGGACAUCUUGAACUUUGGGUUAACUAGAAUAUGGCUUUCCGGAAGUUUAGUUUACUCAUUAAUUGCUAAGUUUAAAGAUUAACUGAAUGUCUAGAGUUAAAACUUUUUAGAUAAGUUUUCAAAAUAGCUCACCUUACCAUGGAUUGUAACUGCCUCAUCUUUUACAUAAACUUAUUUUUUUCAUUCCUCCAUCAACCAAAAUCAGAAUUAGUAUUUAUUGAAGCUAAGUGUUGUAAAAUUUUAAAAAUUUAUAUAUCUUUAAAAAAAAGAAUUUGUCCUAAGAGUUUUUUUUCUUUGUCCUUGAAUAUUGAUGCAGUCAUUGCAUUUUAAAGUAGCAACAUUUGUUUACUUAUUUAUUAAGAAAGAACAGGAUUCUUCUUAAAAAUUCUGCUCUCUUGCAUUUAUAAUACAGUAGAACUUGCUCAUAAUGAAAUCCUUAAUUUUCUGAAAGAAGUUGUCAUAAUUGACAUAUGACAUUUUGUCUGAACAUACUUUUGAAACUUGGUGCCAGUCACAGUUUUCUUUUAAUGAGCAUAGUCAGUACAGUGUUAACAUGCUUAUGCUUAUGAUAUGGGUGGGCUGCUAUAAAUAAAGAAUCUCAGUUUAGUUCAGACCAAGUCUGGUUAAAAUAUUAUAAAUGAGUUCUGCUGUAUGACCUGGAAGUGACAAAGUUUUUAUAAACAAAAUUCAAAGGAUUAAAAAGUAGACAGUGUUAACGUAGCAUGAGUUUAGGAUUAUACAUGCAAUGGAUUGAACAUUGCUCAUGUCAUUUUGAAAGUUUCUACAAACUAACUUAUUUUCUGGCUAUUUGACAUUUUUUUGUAUGUGCCGUCUAUUAUGUUUAGCAUGUAUUUAAAUUUUUGUUUUGGUUGUGGAGUAAUCCAUUCAUCAAAAUGAGCGCAGUCAAAUCCAUUUGCUCUAUUAUGGGUUACUUGGGGUUACUUUUUCACUGGUGACAUGUUUUUUGGGGUUCUGAUUUGUUAUUUACCAUUUUGGUUUAUUGAAUUAAAAAAAUAAAUUGUUAAAAGAAUUAAACAUGAUCUACUGCACUUGGAAACACAUUAAAUUUUAUAAUUCUUCGUACGCCACUCAAAAAGCUUUGUAAAUACUAUGACAUAGAAAGUGUAAUUUAAUAAAGCUUGAAAAAACAAUUAAAAAAAAUUUAAAAAGUUGAAUGCUGGUUACUUUGCUUUAUUUGAAUAAGUUUAUGUACAACAAACUAUAAUUAAUCAGAUCCAUGGAUCUUACUCAGAGUUUCAUAGCGGGAGGUAAUUGUAGAUCUGAAUACUAGUUUGAACAGGUAAGGAGUUAAAUUAUUUUCACAACACACAUCACCACCAAACUCAGUAGUUUAUUUGCCAGACAUUUAAUUACCACAUGCUGGAGAAGUAUUUAAAGAUCUUUGUCUCACUAUACUUUUAAUUUUUAAGUAUUCUGUUCGUCUUUCAUCUUGUUGAAAUGUUUGGACUAGUGCUUGUGUUGUGUCCUAAUCUGCAGCAGCUACUCCAAUGCAUGAACUGGCUAGUGCCAAGAAGAAUAUCGUCACAGAAUAUUAGAGUUAUUCAAGGUAAACAUAAGGAGUUAUUACUUUGUAGUGGGUAGGAGGAGACAUGGAUAAUCUUUGGUCAUUUUCUUUAAUUUAUAUGUUGUGAAAAGUGCAAAGAUGCUUUGAAUAAGAUCUAUUCAAGAAUAAAUUGUGUUGGUGGUGGAACUUCUAAUGUCAUAAACACUAGGGACUUCAUCAUCAUCUCAGUGAUUGCAGCAUAGUGCAGGGGGUAGAGAUUUGCAAUAUGCACAAUUUUUAAAUUGCUAAGGAAACAACAAACAAUACUAGAGCAGUGAAAAAUUUAACCUGAUAAUGCUGUUCUUGAUUUGAUUGUGACCUACAAAGCCUUGCUUUUCAUUGCAUAUUGUUCUUUUCAUUGCAUAUUGUUGAUGUGUGUCUGUACUGAGUGUAAUUAGGCAAGGUAGAAAUGGUGCCAAAUCAAAGAGAGAAACUUCAAAUGAACCACAGUGUGACAAUUGUUAAUAAUAAAUAAAAUAAAUCACAAUUUCCAGAAGUUAAAACCAUUUAAUG